AGCUACGGGCUCUGGGACUUCCGGAGCUGCCGCGUGGAGCUCCGCGACUCGGACGCUGUCGGCAUGGCGGUCUUCGAGGGCCCGGCUCAGCCGCUCCUGUCGCUGAACCCGCAGGAGGACGAGAAGUUUAACAAGGAGGUGGCUCAGGCCCGCCGGCGCGCAACGAAGAAACAGAAGCAAGAAAAAGAAAAACUCACUCCCGGAGUCAUUUAUGUGGGCCACCUGCCUCCAGCACUUUACGAAACCCAGAUCCGAGCGUAUUUCUCCCAGUUUGGCACUGUGACGAGAUUCAGGCUGUCCAGAAGUAAAAGGACUGGAAAUAGCAGAGGUUAUGCCUUCGUGGAAUUUGAAUCUGAAGAUGUUGCCAAGAUAGUUGCUGAAACAAUGAACAACUACCUUUUUGGUGAAAGGCUCUUGCAGUGUCGUUUUAUGCCACCUGAGACAGUACACGAGGAACUUUUUAGAGAGUGGCAUCUUCCGUUUAAGAACCCGUCUUUCCCAGCAGUGAAACGUUAUAAUCAGAACCGGACCCUUCUUGAAAAGCUGCGGAUGGAGGAGCGAUUUAGAAAGAAAGAAAAAUUACUCAGGAAGAGACUAGCUAAGAAGGGAAUUAAUUACGAUUUUCCUUCACUGGUUUUACGUAGUAAAAAGAAGAAAAGCAACACCUCAAACACCAACCUUCAGAAAUCCACAAAUAGACAGGCUUUACCUAAGAAUCAAAAGAAGGCUUCAGCCACCCCUGAAACUCCUGAGAAUACCGUGGAUAGCCAGGGCCCCACACCAGUUUGUACACCAACAUUUUUGGAUAAACGAAAAUCUGAAGUGGCUGAAAUGAAUGAUGAUGAAGAUAAUGAAAUAGUUUUCAAACAGCCCUUAUCUGGCAUAAAAGAACAAACACAAGAGACUGAAACACCUACACAGUCAAGGAAAAAAAGACGAAGAAAAAACAAUCAGUGAUUCUGAGUGUAUUAUGAAUAAUAUUUCUUCUGGAAAAUGUGAUUUUAUUAUGAGGGCUGUGUAUCAGAAGAAACUGUUGGUUCCAGUCAAUAAUAACAGGAAUUGGUAACUUCGGCUUGCCUGCCCCAGCUGAAACACAGGUGCGCACACCACCCAGCAGGAGCCAGGCCUGCUGCCUCUCUGCCCCGGUCUCCCGGUUUCUUCCCAGAUUCAUACCUGCCUUUAGUGACUGUCUGCAUAAAAGGGUCACCAUUAACUGCAGGUUUAAAUACUAAACUGCAGCGUUUGUUAAAUAAAAGAAAAUAAAACCUUGCUUUAUUGUCUACAUGUUUCUCUGUGUAGGCUGUGCACAUUUAACCCAUAAGGGUAUUUUAGACUUCAGCAUCCAGUGGUCAAAACUGGACAUUAAGUACAGUGAGAAGGCAAUUCAAGUGUGUAUAUAUGUGUAUAUGGUCAUUUUCCUAAUGUUAAGUUAGUUUUUGGUAAGCUAGUAUGGACUACUAACCACUAAAGUAUCAUCGAUGUGGAAUUGUAUUUCAUGGUUUAAACAGUGACCAGCAAAUAAACGUGUUUUAUUUACAA